AUGACACGUGCAACACGGCAAAAAGAAAAGGAGGAGGAACAGGCCGGAAGUCGCGCGACAAGGAGGCUGUCUCAACAGACCGAUAGGGAGGGUGGUGGCGACUCUAAAGGUACUAAUGCGUCUUCCGCGCGUGGCAGAGGGCUGAAAAAAUUGGCGGGAAAAAAGGCCGCGUUUGGACAGGAGAAGUCCGGCAAGAAGGCGGAAGAGAAGGAGAAGACUGCUACUACUGCCACAGGGAGCGUGAGUCUUGCAGUCCCGUCGGCGGAGAGAGAGGAGUCGGCGACAGGGGGAAACCACGGCGACUCUCCCUGCGCCGAGCAUGGCGCAACCCAGGAGUCCGAGGCGGAGGCAUCCCAACACGGACUGACGCUGCUCCAGCCGACCGUGGUCGAAGUUUCUGCUGCCGUGGUGGAUAAGGCCAAGGCGGGGGAACACAGCAUCUCCGACGUAGGUGGCUCUCCUCCUUCUGGUGGACGUGGGAGGCGUAGGCAGAGGAAGAGCGAUGGGGAAGAAGAGUAUGACACCGCCGUGCCCGGAGACAUCAAUACGCGGUCAAAGAGGCGGCAGACAAGCCGCGGUGCUGACGACGCCGGUGGUGCAGAAGUUGGGAAAACGCGAGGCGCCAGGGAAGCAAGUGGCAAGGCGACGGGUCAUGCAUUGCGCAAGCAGGGCCGACCCGCAGCGAGGAGAACAUCCGGCGGAAGGAGGGGCAAGAAAGAUGAGGGGGAUGCGGGGGAUGAGGAGGAGGAGGCUGAUGAGGAGGAGGAUGCGGAGGAAGAGGAGGAUGAAGAGGAUGCGGAGGAGGACGACGCGGAGGUUGGGGAGGAAGAAAAGGAUGAGAAUGAUGACAAGGAGGACGAAGAGGAGGAGGAGGAGGAGGACGAGGAGGGGGGCGACGAGGAUGACAAGGAGGCGGAGGAGGAGGAGGAGGAGGAGGAGAGGGAUGAGGAGGAGGAGGAGGAGGAGGAGGAGGAGGAGGAGGAGGAGGAGGAGGAAGAGGAGGAGGAGGAGGAGGAGGAGGAGGAUGUGGCGGCAGUGAAAGGACGGGGCGGGCGAGGCAGACGGGGAAGUGGUACAGGGAAGCUCCACGCUUCUCCUGUCUGGGGCAGGGCCGUCUCCCCCCUCGCCGGUCCUUCGCGCGGGCAAGGGCCAAGCACUUCUGCCAAUCCCUUCCCUGAGCUGCCCUUUUCCCACCAGCGUGAUAGUGUGAGGGCACACGGGACUGCUGCAAAAGACGUUGAUCCCCUUGGCCAGAAGGGGGAUUCUUCACGCCCUUUUCCCCCGCUCUUGGGUGCCCUAGGUGAAAGUGCGGAGCACGAGCAGUUUGUUACACGGGAGGAGUUCCAGGCGCUACAAUCUGAGAUGUACGCCAUGUUUGCUCAGCUCGGCCUGCGUCGUGGAGCACCUGCCAGUUAUGCCGGGGGAUCCGCAGUGGUGCCUAUGAAAGGUAUCCCGCCGCCGAUGAGUGCCGUGGAGAAGGCACGAGUGCUAGUGUUGCAGGAGUCAAACCCAUUCCCGUGGGGCGGGUUGUUGGUGGACGUGGCGGAUGCAGGAGGGUGUGACGUGGCGGAAGGUGAGGGUUGGGGAUGA